AUGGCCAUCAUGUUCACCAUGGUGACCCUGCUGGCUGUAUUGUUUGGUGGUUUUCAUCAGACAGCCUCAUACAGAUCGUACAAGUACAAGGUCUCUGUGUCCAAUGGAGGGUCAUGGGGAGACUGGCACAGUUCUGAGAUGUGCCCGGAGAACUCCUUUGCUAUCGGCUUCAGUCAGAGGGUAGAGCCUGGCCAGGGAGAUGGUGACGACACCGCCCUGAACGGGAUCCGUCUCUACUGUGCUGCAGAAAACCAUGAGGGCUUCACACACACUGUUGAGUCUCAUGCUGGCUUCUGGGGUGAUUGGACCAUGCCUCAGUACUGCCCCCGUGGUGUGCUCACUGCCUUCCAGCUCCAAGUUGAGGCUCCUAUUGGACGUGGCGAUGACACUGCUGCCAACAACAUCAGGUUCCGUUGCAGCACACACACCAUACUGCACGGGAUGGGCAUGCCCUGGGGAGAUUAUGGCUCAUGGAGUAAUACGUGUUAUGGUGGAGGAAUCUGCGGCAUCAGGACCAAGGUGGAGGGAAGGCAGGGUGAGGGCGAUGACACCGCCCUCAAUGAUGUGGAAUUCUACUGCUGUGCCAACAAAUAAGAGAACAGCAAGCAAACCUGAGCAGACCUGACCAGUUUGAUGGAGUGACUCCGCACCCUGAAACUAAAGAUGAC